UUCUUCCUCUCCCUCUCUCUCUCUCUCUCUCUCUCUCUCUCUCUCGCGCGCACGCUGCGUGAAAGAGCUUCUUCCGAUCGCGAUUUCUCGCGGAGAAGAGAGGCUCAAAAUGGCUGCUGCGGCGAGAAGCCCAUUGCAGCGGCUUCUGAGGAGAGCCGUGGGCGCGAGAAGCGUGUGGACGCUCCCCGAGCGAGCCCCUCCUCUCUCCUCCGACGAGCUCAUGAGGUUGGAGCACGAGCACAGCGCCCACAAUUAUCAUCCUAUUCCCAUGGUUUUUGCUCAAGCAAAAGGCACAUGUAUAUGGGACCCAGAAGGAAAAAAGUACAUUGACUUCCUAUCUGCUUACUCUGCCGUGAAUCAGGGACAUUGUCACCCGAAAGUUAUGAAGGCUUUAGUUGAGCAGGCACAAAGAUUAACUCUCAGUUCUCGAGCUUUCUACAAUGACAAAUUUCCUGUCUUUGCGGAGCAUCUAACAAGCAUGUUGGGAUAUGAAAUGAUGCUUCCAAUGAAUACUGGAGCUGAAGGUGUUGAAACAGCGAUCAAAUUGGCACGAAAAUGGGGUUACGAGAAGAAAAAGAUACCCAGGGAUGAGGCUAUAAUUGUAUCUUGCUGUGGUUGUUUUCAUGGUCGGACCUUGGGCGUGAUUUCUAUGAGCUGCGACAACGAUGCAACCCGUGGUUUCGGACCAUUGGUUCCUGGUCAUCUAAAAGUCGAUUUUGGAGAUAUAGAUGCACUCGAGAGAAUCUUUAAAGAUCAUGGAGAUCGAGUAUGUGGAUUUUUGUUUGAACCAAUUCAAGGAGAGGCAGGAGUAGUAAUCCCGCCAAAUGGUUAUCUGAAAGCCGUCAGGGAUCUAUGUUCAAGAUACAACAUUCUUAUGAUUGCUGAUGAAAUUCAAACAGGCAUAGCCCGCACUGGAAAAAUGCUUGCGUGUGAUUGGGAAGACAUACGGCCGGACGUGGUGAUAUUAGGAAAAGCUCUAGGUGCUGGUGUUAUACCGGUUAGUGCUGUUCUUGCUGACAAGGAUAUCAUGCUGUGUAUCAGGCCUGGAGAGCAUGGGAGUACGUUUGGUGGGAAUCCGUUGGCAAGUGCAGUGGCAAUUGCAGCAUUGAAUGUAGUCAAAGAGGAAGGACUAACUGAGAGAGCUGCUAAGUUAGGAGAGGAAUUCAGGGAGCAGUUAUCAAAGAUUCAAACAAAGUUCCCCCAGAUAAUAAAGGAAGUACGUGGACGAGGGUUGCUCAAUGCAGUAGACUUGAAUAGCAAAGCACUCUCUCCAGCUUCUGCUUAUGAUUUAUGUAUCAAGUUGAAGGAGAGAGGCAUUCUCGCAAAACCCACACAUGACACUGUAAUCCGAUUAGCUCCUCCUCUCUCUAUCAGUCUUGAAGAGCUUACUGAAGCAUCAAAGGCAUUAAGUGAUGUGCUAGAAUUCGAUCUGCCAAAGCUACAGAAGGAGAUAACCAAAUCAGAAGAACCAGCAGCGAAGCAAGUUUGCGACAGAUGCGGACGAAACCUCUAUGAUACCUCUGAUAACGAUAACUAAUGUUUCACGAGAAAUUGUAUUCUUUUUUUUCUUUUUUUUUUUAUAGCAUCGAAGAGAUGGAUGCCAUGAAUUCUACAAAAUUUCAUUGUCAUUUAUCAUCAUCAGAUGAACAAAUAAAUUUUUUUUUUUUCUUCCUAGCAGAAUGUAAGAACAAUGUAAAAGAUAUGCAAUGAAUAAUUAUGCUCAAUUCUUAACGGCGAGUUCA